AAAAAUAUCAAAAUAAAACUGAAAUGUGUAAGAAUUAAUUAUUGUUCAAACAAUUACGAAAAUAAAUGCUGGCUUUCAAUGUUUGUAAUACAGAUAAAUAUGAAAACUUGACUGCCAUGUUUUCAGCGUUCAGUUUGGAUUGAAAUUAAAUGUGAACUCCACUUAGUUUUCUGUGUUGCGCAGUAGCCUUGCUGCUCUCAGUGUCCUUAAGUUCCAGCCAAUCACUGAUGAUCUAGGAUAUGUAAUGCUUGUGUUUUAAGGACAAAUCUUUCACUUGAGUCAGUACAGCACUAGUAGAGCACCGAAACGCAACAAUGUUGGCAAGAGUUUUGUCUAUUACAAUUCUUAUUGGGUCAUCGAUCAUUGACAGCAAAGAGGUUCCUUGUAUCGUCUCUUUGAAAACCGCAAGACUUGGCGAUAAUGUUACUUUACAUUGUGGUGCUAGAAAGGAAAGUAGAAAUAUGCAUUUCUGGUACAAGCAAUUGAUUGGAUAUGUUCCCCAAGCGGUCGCUUCAAUAGUGUAUAAGCGUGGUCAAAUUUUUCCUCCUUUCGAUUCAAGUUUCACUGCAGCAGAACCAGACAUGGAUCUGAACAUUAGAUCUGUGAGUAAAGAAGAUGAAGCAAACUAUUUCUGCCAAGAGCAGUAUUCAAAUUAUUGGAGUGGAAUUUUUUUGUCUGUCAAAGAUCCCAAUGAACAGAGGUUUGUCUCCCAGACUGUGGUCCAACAGCCUGUGUCUGCAUCAGCUCAGCUGGGAGACCCUGUGGCUCUCCAGUGCUCUAUUACCUCCCAGAGGACGGACCACAGUAACCAGUGCCAAGGGGAACCCAGUGUGUACUGGUUCAGAUCAGGAUCAUCUCACCCUGCUGCCAUUUACAUGAAUGGGAACAGGAGUGGUGAAUGUCAGAAUAGUUCUGGGCCUCCGUCUGCUCCACAGAGCUGUGUCUACACUCUCCCCAAGAACAAUGUAGACUCCUCUGAUGCUGGGACUUACUACUGUGCCCUGGCAGCAUGUGGGGAAGUUGUGUUUGGAAAUGGAACCAAGCUGGACAUAACAGGACCCAAGUUGGUUUUUUUAGUUACCGUGGUUCUUGGAAUACUGUUGGCUUGCUGUCUGGUUGUGAUUAUAAUCCUGCUUCUAACCAGAAAUAAAAAGCAAGUUUGUGAGUAUUGCAAAGGAACACUGGGUGCUUCCUACUCUGUCCCACACGACUCAGUGAUUCAGGAACCACAGGACGGGGACACUGAUACCUUGAACUACGCAGCGUUGGAGUUCUCUGGCAGGAAAACCAGAGGAAGAAAGAAGAACAGUGAAAGGACUCAGGAGAGUGUGUAUUCUGCUGCGAGAGAAACCUGCUACUGAAGUCCAUCCAUUUCAUGACGGUGCUGCCUUGCUGCGGCGACACACAACUGUAGCCGCUUGUGGGUGUAAUUGUUUAAAUGUGUCCUUCCUAUCUAGUCCAUGUUAUUAUGUGUCUUUUUGUAUGUGUUGGGGGGGGACAUUAAAGACUUUUCCAUUUCAAUUUCAACCAGGGAGAUUGUGUCACCUCACGAGGCUGAAGGAAUGAUGUGGUAUUGUCAGGUUCUGAUUGGAUGCAUGACUUUAAUUGUGUUACAUAAUCAGUACUUGUUUAUUCUCAUGAAUCAAUGAAUUGAUUAUUUCUUAUAAUUAGAAAUGCUGUGUAAAAAAUGUCAAUUCUGAUUGUUG